UGGCUUUUAAGCGAGCGAGGCAUAAUAAUUGCUCAGUAAUUGGAUGUAGAGACGAACACCGCAGCCUUUUUUUAGUUCCGUCAUCCAAGCCCCAGAAGAACCAGUGGAUUGAUUUUAUUUUCUUUGGAAAUGCGCCAACACAAAUCCCGAAAGCUUUGCAUGUCUGCGGCAAACAUUUCACCGACGACUGUUUCCUCAACUUGGGUCAGCACAGAGCUGGGCUUGCUAAACGUCUGAAACUAAAGUCUGGAUCAGUACCAACUCUCUUUGGCUCAACUGACAUUACACACCCCAGCCAAGCCAGCACAUCAAAUGCUUGCUUUCAGCUGCCUCUCUCAAGGGAUGUUGCCUGCCAGACAGACCACCUGGAAACACACACUGUAGGCACACAGCUAUGCUUAAAGACUCUGCAACCCAAAAUUAAAAGUGAAGGUGUCCAGGCAACUUUCUCCUGCAAAGAUUUUGGUGUUGAGAUGUCCAAUGCAGAUCCUCUGUGCCUGUCAUCGACACCUUUAAAGAGACCACCCAAAAGACCUCGUUUAGACCUUGAUGAACUGCUCGAGGACAAUCCAUUGGAGGGCAGCUCUUUAGUGGAAGCUUCAAGGGGACAUGAUUCCACUUAUGAUCCUGCAGACUCCAUCCCAGCUUCGUUAUACUCUAGUCUACAGUCAGAAGAUUCAUCCACUCCCACCCACAACAGCAAAAAGUACAUAGUGUACGAGAACUGCAUCAUGGACUUGUUUAAUUUAUGUCCGGUCUGCACGCGGGCAUGUGAAGUGAGGACCCAAACGCUGGGGACAUUCUUGUCUGUGAAGCAGCUGUGCCCCCAUUGCACAUUUUCAAGACAAUGGAAUAGCCAGCCUAUCCUUGGUAGCAUGCCAGCUGGAAAUCUGAACCUUUCUGUCGCCAUUUACCUGAGUGGUGCAUCUUUCAUACAAAUCAAAAAGGUCUUCAAUACAAUGAAGCUACAGUUGUUUCGGUAUAAAACAUUUCGCCGCCAUGCCAGAGCUUUCAUUGAACCCGCAGUUAUUCACCACUGGAAAGUCACACAGGAUGUGAAUCUGCAGAGGCUAAGUCAGGAGAAAAAAGUUAUACUUGGUGGUGACAUGAGAGCUGACUCUCCAGGGUACUCUGCAAAAUAUGGGAGUUAUACAAUGAUGGAUCUAAAUACUAACACCAUUGUGGACAUUCAGUUGGUUCAGAGCAGUGAGGUUGGUGGUAGCUGCCACAUGGAAAAAGAGGGCCUGACAAGGAGUCUGGCAUUACUGGAGUCACGUGGCGUCAACCUUGAUUGGAUUGUUACUGAUCGUCAUCCACAAGUACAGAAAUUCCUUAGGGAGAGAAAAAUAACCCAUUACUAUGAUGUCUGGCACAUCGCAAAAGGACUUUCAAAGAAACUGGAAGUGAUCAGUAAGCAGAAAGACUGUGAGAUACUCAAAAAGUGGAUGAAAAGCAUCAACAAUCACAUAUACUGGACUGCAGCUAGCUCAACAUCCGAGCGAGAGAGAAUUGCAAAGUGGAACUCAAUCCUGAACCAUGUUCGAGAUGUCCAUACACAUGAGGAUCCUCUUUACCCUAUGUGCGAGCAUGCAAUCCGCAAGACAACUGACAAGAGUAAAUGGCUCCAAGCAGAUUCUCAAGUUUUCAACAAGUUGGAGAAGUUGCUAACAAACAAAAGAAUGCUGAGGGAUGUUGCAAAACUGAGCCCCCACCACCAGACUUCAUCGUUGAAGUCUUUCCAUUCCGUCAUCCUUCGUUUUGCCCCAAAAAAUGUUGUCUUUACCUUUAUUGGAAUGCUGUGCAGGCUCUACCUGGCUGCCAUGCAUUAUAAUGAAAAUGCAGACAGACCACAAGCAGAAACGGAGGAAGGUGUACCCCGCUUCAAAAUGUCUUUUGCAAAGGGUAGGAAGGGAGAGUGCAUAGCUAAACCUGAAAAGACACAGCUGACCUUUGGUUAUGUUGCUGACAUGAUGGACCUAAUUUUUGAGGAAGUCUUUGUCAACCCUACACCAUACACUGAAUCGCUGUUGGCCAUCCCUGUCCCAGAGGACCUAUCAGCGCAGUAUGAGAAGCCGGACAAGGACAAGCUCAUUGCCAGCUUCAUGUCAAGGUUCAAACGGGGGGCAGUUUAAACCCAACGUAGUGUCCUUCCUCUUCAGGAAACACUGAGCGGAUGUGCAGGACCACACUAGCUGGAAUAAUGACCUGGAUUCUGCGUCCCAGGAGGCCCCAGCUCACAAAUGAGCGAUAGGAGAGAUACCUGUAGCGACUGAACAUAAGUGAUUAUUUAGUUUUGCAGAGAUGUAUCAUUGUUUCUAUUAUGUUUGCAUCUUCAAUGCUUGUUUUUUGUUUUUGUUUUUUUAUAGUUUAUUUUUCCUCUGAUGUGAAGAAAUCUUGACACUGUCUAUAAUAUAGAAUGAAAAUUAGGCACAGUGUUUGUUGGUGGAAUAAAAAGUCAAGACUCAA